ACACGACAUACACAGAGCAGAGCUGCAUGUUCCCCUUAGGGCUCAUCUGACAACAAACACUGCUGUUGAUGGAUGAAAGGGAGGAGAAGCCAGCUAACAAGAAACUCACUGAGCCUCCCAAACACGGGAAGUGACACAGCAGGGGUGGAACCAAUACCCUGGAGGCAGCUGUGAUUGGUGGUUCGUCACAUAUGCAAAUCUGGCUUGGGCGCAUUAAACUAACACAAACUUUUACUUGGAUUCCAUACCAGAAAUUAAAGUUCCACUGUACAGUACUGUGCAAACGUCUUAGGCCACCAGUGUUAGAAUGACCAGCUCAGAGCCUGACCUCCACGUUACUCGCGCAGCGUGGGAGAGAAGAACAAUCGGAGCCCAAGUCAAAACAAGAGUUAUGGCAAGUUGUACAAGAAGUAGGAGGAAAGUACUGCAAGACAAUGUAAACAAAAUAUCGAUCUGUUUGCAGAACAUUACCUUCUUGUCUCUUUUUUUGUUUAUUCUAAAGUCAUUUUUUACACUUACUGCCCAGAUAAAUAGCUUAAAACACUAUUUUCUUUGGUUACCUAAGACAUUUUGUCCAGUACUGUAGCUUCGUGAUUUUAAACGUUAUGGUAAGUAUGUGUGUACGUUUUGAGCUCUGAACAAGGCAGACGAAAUAUGCAGACGUAUGGCUGCAGACUGCAAACAUACAGUAAGGGCGGCAGGUAUGCUGACCACACAGGAUUGAACUCCUCAGCAGGAUAAAAACUCAGCAGGUGUGCUAUGUUUCUUACCUGUACUUUGUCGCUGUUUCAAUCAAUUAGUACCUGAGCAGAACAGCUGUGAACUGAAACUGCUUUGGAAACCACGGUCACGAUAUGUCCGCCCUGAAAGAUUUUAAUUAACCUCUGAUACGGAAGUACAUAUACUAGACCUAAAUGUAAUGUCACGCGGUAUUCUCAGCUUUGGCUCCCGUAAUUAAUCCCUUUUCAUUAGGUUUCAUCAGAUGUUCUUUUAUACUUGCAUAAAAGCUGUGGUGUACUCCAGAUAGCUUCCCAGUAGCGAAUGGUUUCGAUGCGAUUUAUUUUUAAGUGUUGUGUACCAAACGGCAACUUCAGUAUUUCAAAUAGUGGUUGUCCUGAUCGAUGGGUCACCGAUGGUAUCAGAUUGUAUUCAUUUAUCUCCAUAGGCCUGUUCCCUAAAUGCUCAGUUCACAUCAGAAAUUAGUUUUCCUUUUUGGAAUGAUAAAUAAAUGAUUUUUAAAUAUUGCUGGUUAAUAAGAACGGAAGAUAAAAUAUUGUAUUUUAUUUGUUAGUUUGUUGUUUUUAACAUAUAGUGAGUUUCUGUUUGUGUCUCGCGGUUAUCACGUUUUUUAAUAUUGCCAGAAUAUGAACCGUGACAUUUUUUAAUGAAUAGCUCCUAUGAAAACACUUCACGUAACACAAUUAAAUGGUCUGUCGCCGAUGCACUACAGAGGCGAUGCUAUUGGAAAUAACAAAGUAGGAAAAAACUCAAGUUCUCCUGUUAACACCGGCCAUGGCAGUCUGUCGUGUGCAUAUAUCUUUCGUCUACCUCACGUGCCGCUGUCUUCCCGGUUCCUUUUAAUAAAACCCGUGACAAAUGCAGAAAAUGAAGGUUGCAUCUUAUUUUGCAAAAGCGCAUGCUAAACAACACUUUAUCGGCAGAGUUGCGUCACACAUUAGCAGACACGCGACGGUUCCAGUCUGUUCCCGAACCCUCGGGGUGACGGCUGGUGGACAUCAAGGAAAAAAGAGGCAGAAGUGGGAAUAAUCGAUAGCGGAACAUUGGAGAGAGACUGGUUUUGAAAUUUCUUGAAGGGACCUCUUUGAAAGCGGCAGGUUUGGCAGAAAGUGCGGGACCGGCUUGCUGACAGACUGCGAUGCACCACAUAAGGACUUGUGCCACGCGCCUGCGCCCCCUGACGGCCCCCCAGGCUGCCCGUUGGCCGUCACUGUGGGGCCUGGCGGCAAAUCCGAGGCCGAUGCGAGGGGAGCGGCAAUAUACGGCGCCCAUAGCUGCUGAGCACUUCCUCAACGCGAGCAACCUCAACUAUGUGGAGGAGAUGUACUAUGCCUGGCUGGAGAACCCCGAGAGUGUGCACAAGUCAUGGGACGUCUACUUCCGAAACGCCAACUCUGGGGCUCCCCCAGGUACAGCCUGCCACACCUCUUCUCUGACGGGGGUGGCUCGCAGCCAGGCACUGGUAGGGGCACAGCCCAGCACGGAGAAGCUGGUGGAGGAUCACUUGGCCGUACAGUCCCUCAUCCGUGCCUACCAGGUGAGAGGACAUCACAUAGCCAAACUGGACCCUCUGGGCAUCAGUUCCAAUGAUGCCCCAGGAACUGUUGGGUUCCAUCGAGCCGGAUUCUACGGGCUGGAGGAGGCCGACCUGGACAAGGUGUUCCGACUCCCCACCACCACCUUCAUUGGGGGCAACGAGAGCGUCCUGCCCCUGAGGGAAAUCAUCCGUCGCCUUGAGAUGGCGUACUGCCAGCACAUCGGGGUGGAGUUCAUGUUCAUCAAUGACCUGGAGCAGUGCCAGUGGAUCCGGCAGAAGUUUGAGAAGCCUGGUGUGAUGGAGUUCACGCUGGAGGAGAAGAGAACCCUGCUGGCCCGGAUGAUCCGGUCCACUAGGUUUGAGGAGUUCCUGCAGAGGAAGUGGUCCUCAGAGAAGCGAUUCGGCCUGGAGGGGUGCGAGUCGCUGAUCCCCGCCCUCAAGACCAUCAUCGACAAGUCCAGCCAGAACGGGGUGGAGAGUGUCAUCAUAGGCAUGUCGCACAGAGGUCGUCUCAACGUCUUGGCCAAUGUCAUCCGCAAGGAGCUGGAGCAGAUCUUCUGCCAGUUUGACUCCAAGCUGGAAGCUGCAGAUGAGGGCUCAGGAGAUGUGAAAUACCACCUGGGAAUGUACCAUCGCACCAUCAACCGGAUGACGGACCGAUACGUCACGCUCUCCUUGAUGGCCAACCCCUCGCACCUGGAAGCCGUGGACUCUGUGGUGCAGGGCAAAACCAAGGCUGAGCAGUUCUACUGCGGGGACACUGACGGAAAGCGGGUAACGUCCAUCCUGCUGCACGGCGACGCCGCUUUCGCUGGGCAGGGCAUCGUGUACGAAACAUUCCACCUGAGCGACUUGCCUUCCUACACCACGCACGGUACCGUGCAUGUCGUCAUCAACAACCAGAUCGGUUUCACAACAGACCCCCGUGUGGCACGGUCGUCUCCCUACCCCACCGACGUGGCCCGCGUGGUCAACGCGCCCAUCUUCCACGUCAACGCCGACGAACCCGAGGCCGUCAUGUAUGUGUGCAACGUAGCGGCUGAGUGGCGGGCUGCCUUCCACAAGGACGUGGUCGUGGACCUGGUGUGCUACCGACGGAAUGGCCACAAUGAGAUGGACGAGCCCAUGUUCACACAGCCUCUCAUGUACAAGAAGAUCCAAAAGCAGAAAGGGGUCCUUCAGAAGUAUAUGGAGAAGCUGAUUACAGAGGGCAUUGUUACCAGGCAGGAGUAUGAGGAGGAGGUGGCAAAGUAUGACAAAAUCUGCGAGGAUGCAUACACUCGCUCCAAGGAUGAGAAGAUCCUCCACAUCAAGCACUGGCUAGACUCCCCCUGGCCUGGCUUCUUCACUCUGGACGGCCAGCCUAAGAGUAUGAGCUGCCCAUCCACGGGGCUGAAAGAGGACGAGCUGGUCCAUAUCGGCCAGGUGGCCUCUUCUGUGCCUGUGGAAAACUUCACUAUCCACGCAGGACUGACACGCAUCCUGAGUAGCCGGGGAGCCAUGAUCCAGCGGCGCACGGUGGACUGGGCCCUGGCCGAAUACCUGGCCUUCGGCUCGUUGCUCCAGGAAGGCAUCCAUGUGCGCCUGAGUGGCCAGGACGUCGAGAGGGGCACCUUCAGCCAUCGUCACCACGUGCUGCAUGACCAGAACGUGGACAAGAGGACCUGCGUUCCUAUGAACCACCUGUCCCCAAAGCAGGCGCCCUACACCGUGUGCAACAGCUCCCUCUCAGAGUACGGCGUGCUGGGUUUUGAGCUGGGCUUUGCCAUGGCCAGCCCCAACUCCCUGGUACUGUGGGAGGCCCAGUUUGGAGAUUUCCACAACACGGCCCAGGGCAUCAUCGACCAGUUCAUCUCCUCCGGCCAGGCCAAGUGGGUCCGUCAGAACGGCAUCGUGAUGCUGCUGCCCCAUGGCAUGGAGGGCAUGGGCCCAGAACACUCCUCUGCUCGUCCAGAAAGGUUCCUGCAGAUGUGCAACGAUGACCCAGAUGUAUUCCCAAAAAUAACAGAGGACUUCGCGGUCAGGCAACUAUAUGGAUGCAACUGGAUUGUGGUCAACUGCUCCACUCCUAGCAAUUACUUCCAUGUGUUGAGAAGACAGAUCCUGCUGCCCUUCAGGAAACCUCUCAUCAUCUUCACCCCCAAGUCACUGCUGCGCCACCCAGAGGCCAAAUCCAGCUUUGAUGAGAUGUUGCCGGGCACGCAUUUCCAGCGCCUGAUCGCAGAGGAAGGCCCCGCGUCCCAGAGCCCGGGGACAGUGAAGCGCCUCAUUUUCUGCACGGGGAAAGUCUACUAUGACCUGACAAAGGAGCGGAAGACACGUGACAUGGAGCACACGGUGGCCAUCACCCGCAUCGAGCAGCUAUCUCCGUUCCCCUUCGACCUGGUGAAGGCAGAGGCCGAUAAGUACGCGGGGGCCGAGCUGUUGUGGUGCCAGGAGGAGCACAAGAACCAGGGUUACUAUGACUAUGUGAAGCCGCGCCUCCGCAGCAGCACAGCCGACUCCCGGGCCGUGUGGUAUGCCGGCAGGGACCCCGCAGCCGCACCUGCCACCGGGAACAAGAGGACUCAUGUGGUGGAGCUCCAGCGCUUUCUGAACACUGCUUUCAACCUGGACAGCUUCCGGGGCCGAUCCUAGCACCCAGCCAGCCCCCGUCCCACACCCAUUCCAGUCAAACCUCCCUCUCACUGCCCGAUAGCCCCACCCCCAACUCAGCCCUGGUGGUUGGCUUCUACAUAACCCCCGAUCCUGCUAGGACGGGCGUUUCCGGCAACCCAGUAGGCCGUCCUGUCUCCACCUUCAGGAUGCCACUUCUGCAUGCUGGGUCUCACCUCCUCAGCACCAACAUACAGAGCAUCAUCAGCCAGCAUCACGUAUAGCUGUUACGGAGGGUCGUUUACGUUUCUCGCCAUACAUCCCACCGCAAAAACAGUGUCAAGCGCAUCGGUACCAACGAGGCUUACAAAGCCAAUUUCAUGGAACUGAAAUUUUAACACAAAAUUAUAGCACGGGUUAUGCUUAACCACAGAGUUACAUUAAUGCACAGUACAGUAGCUCUCUUGCCACACUAGUGAAUGUGAGCUGCGGCAAAUCAUUGAAGGUUACAUUUCCCAGAAGCAUAGUUCCGAACAAUGUUAGCAGCUUACAGAGUUGGAACCAUGCAACUGAACAGUUCCAACUAUGCAAGUUGCUAAUGGGAGCCUUUGGGAAACAUACCCCAGGUCUGUAGGAAACAACAGUUUCCUUUACUCUCCACUUGGACUGGUCCCAGCUGGUCACAUGACGAGCAGUUUGCACUCCUUAUAGGAGGCCAGGGUGGAUGGUGUUCUGUAUUUACUCCCAAGUCACAUGACAUUCCUGUUCCCAUGGAGGCAGCCAUUUUGUGAUAAUGCAGCAUAGCAUUAGCAAUGUUUUACACACCCCUCCCCAUUAGUUCUCCAGUAUCAAAGUAAAAGGGUUGAGGAAAAAGUAUGCAGUUUGCUAAAAACAAUACUUACCUGGAAGAUCUUCUUAGCAUUAUGAAAAAUUUGCACUUUUCUGAACAAUCAGAAGCUGUAUAUGAUAUAUUUAUUCUCCUAGUGGUGAUACAUCUUAUUGUGUUAUUUUUGCCUCCGUAAAUAAAGCACAUUGUUAGCUUUUUAUUUUCUCUUUACAUCAGUCUGGUCCACCUUCUGCUGCUGUGUUUGCAGCAAGGACAUUUGCCACACCGUUUGUGCUGUUUAACUGCUCCAGCUUCUAUGGAAGUUUUAUAUUUACACAAGAACACAAAUGAAACAGUGAGUGUGUGAAAUUAGGUUGGUGUGUUACCCAGCUGGCUAGGACUCAUGUCUGGACUGGUGCCCUGAAUCACCCGACAGAGGAAUCAUAUUACUGCUGGGUCCCGGUCAAGGCCCUGAAGCCCAAGAACUCCAUACUAAUGCCACUCUGACUCCAAGCUUUGCUCCCACCCGUGUCUCACAGCAGAGUGACAUGUUCUAUGUGAAAAAUAAAGAAUUCCCAUGUACUUGUACAAAUGGUAAUUUUAUUGCAUUUACACCCAUUUUCAUUGAAUUAAUCUGUAACACCUUAUAAGAAUUUAUUGGUUAAAUAUACUCAUUCUUUAAAACAGCAAGAACAUUCUGCAUAUUGUGCAAUACUCAUACCCUUAGA